AUGGAGAUCAUUUUCGACGAUGAGGCUAUGGAGAGGUCUUUACGCUCAGUACUCGAGUUUUUCUCUUCAUUAGCACUUUGGUAUGUUUCACCCAGCUGCCAUGAUGAUGAGAGAUUUGCCUUGUUGCAAUUCAAAGAAAGCAUAAUUAUCAAUUGGUUUGCAUCUGAUGAUCCUUCUGCUUAUUCGAAGGUUUCAUCAUGGAUGACACUAAGUAGUGAUUGCUGCACUUGGGAUGGUGUUCAGUGUGAUGAAAACACGGGUCACGUAACUAGCCUUGACCUUAGUAGCAGUUAUCUUUAUGGUUCCAUCAACUCCAGUAGCAGCCUCUUCCAGCUUGUUCACCUUCAUAGGCUUAACCUUGCCUCCAAUGAUUUUAAUCACCCUCAAAUCCCAUCUGGUGUAAGGCAGCUUUCAAAGCUUACUUACCUUAACCUCUCUAAUUCUGCAUUUUCAGGUCAGAUCCCAUCAGAAAUUUUACAGCUCUCUAAGUUGGUUUCCCUAGACCUCGCUUUGAACCCAUUGAAACUCCACAAGCCUAAUCUUGAAAGUAGAGCUGAAAAGCUAAUAAACUUGCAAGAACUAGUUCUUAGUGAGGUUGACAUAUCAUCCACUCUACCCAGUACCUUGACAAACUUAACUUCUUUAAAGGCUAUUUAUCUUGGAAAUUGUGGUUUGCAUGGUGAGUUUCCAACAGGAAUUUUUCAGCUACCAAAUCUCAAGUCUCUCAGUGUGCAUCUCAAUUCAAAUCUCACUGGUCAUGUACCUGAAUUUAAUAGAAGUAUCCCCCUUGAAGAUUUGAGGCUAGCGGGUACAGGUUUCUCUAGCAUGCUACCAGAUUCAAUCGGUAACCUCAAAUCCUUACAUUUCUUCGAUGUUGGAGGAUGUAAUUUCUCUGGACCAAUGCCGUUCUCAUUUGGUAACCUGACAGAGCUCACUUUUCUAGACCUUUCAAAUAACAAUUUCAACAGAGGCACUCUUUCUUGGCACAACAACUUUCAUGGCCACAUACCUCAAAUGUUCAUAGAAGGAUGCCAAUUGAGUACGAUCAAUUUGAAUCAAAAUCAUUUUCAAGGGGCUUUACCAAGGUCAUUGGCUAAUUGUACCAUGCUGGAAAUUCUUGAUAUUGGAAAUAAUCAUAUAAGUGAUAUUUUCCCCUCUUGGUUGGGCAAUCUUCCAGAGCUAGGAGUUCUCAUUUUGCGAUCAAAUGGCUUCCAUGGUGCUAUUGGAAAACCUGAAACAAAUUCUACAUUCCCAAAAUUACAUGUCAUUGACCUCUCCAACAAUUAUAUUAUUGGUAAGUUGCCAUAUGAAUACUUCCAAAUUUGGAAAGGCAUGCAAAGUUAUGAUGCAGGUGGCUUAACUUAUAUGCAAGCAAGAGUAAAAAUCCAUAUACCAAGUUGUGGAUGGUUAUACACCUACACUUACCAAAUGACAUCGACAAACAAAGGCAUAAAGACAGAAUAUUGGAAAAUCCAAGAUUACUUUGUGGCCAUUGAUCUCUCAGGCAACAAGUUUGAAGGUGAAAUUCCAAAAAUUGUAGGAAAUCUAAAGGCACUUUGUAUGCUCAACCUUUCCAACAAUGUUCUUACUGGUUCUAUUCUGUCGUCAUUGGUAAACUUAAAAAACCUAGAAUCACUUGACCUUUCUCAAAAUAUGCUAGUUGGAGAGAUUCCUCCGCAAUUGGUAGAGCUUACAUUCCUUGCUUUUUUGAAUCUGUCUCACAAUCAUCUUACUAGAACUAUACCACAAGGGAAACAAUUUCUCACGUUUGAAAACAGUUCGUUCAAUGGAAAUGUAGGAUUAUGUGGAAGCCCAUUAUUAAAACGAUGUACCAAUUUGAAGGACCCACCACCUCCACCUUCAAUAUUUGUAGAAAAUCAAGAUGUGGUGUCUCUAUUUGAGUUUGACUGGAAAUUAGUUGUGAUGGGAUACGAAUGUGGAUUUAUAUUUGGAGGUUUUGGUGGGAAAAUAAUUACCAAGAAGAAAAAUGAUUGGUUUAUGAAGACUUUUGCAAUUGGUCAUCCACCAUGA